GCGUUGUGUUGUGUUGUGUCUCUUGUGUGUGACAGCUUCACCUCCGUGCAAUAAUUUAUUCAAUUUUCUUCUUCACAACAUGAUGCUGAAGCUGAAAUAAUCAGGAAAAAGAAAAGAAAAAAAAAGAUUCUUUCUUGGCUUGUCUAAUGAAGGAAUAAGAGCCUCCAAGCAAGGAGGAACGUGUCUGAAUCUCCUUAUAAACACCGAGAUUUCAGAGAGAAGCAGAAUCUCGUGCCACCUCCUACGUUAAGUUAAAGGAAUCCUAUUUUUGGGCAUGGAAAUCCUCUCAUAUGGAUCUGGACCAUGCAGUCAAGCAGUGGAUUCGAAGUGGAAAUUGGUUGACAAAUGCUUGAAUUCACGUCAAUCAAGGUUUCCCAGUGUUGGAAAUGGUGGAGUUUAUUAUACCAAUACCAUUUCUAGAAGCGGGUCAGUGAGAUUUCAUGAUACUAAUAAGGAGCUUCAAAGAGAUUUUGGGUCUCUGAGUGCUCUUGAAGGGUCCAAAAGAACCAAUUGCAAGGCCUAUAGUGAAAGUUGCGAUGGCUAUGUGAUUGGUGGUGAAGAGGAUGUAGCAGAUAUUGCAGGGGUAGAAGAACCUGCUACUAACAAAGUUGUCAUUCCAGGUCUGCCAGAUGGGUCAAAUGGUGCUCCAAUAAGUAGUUGCUUUUGGGAAUGGAAGCCUAAGCUUAACGUGUACUAUGAGAAGGCAGGGUGUGAGAACGUGGAUUCCCCACAUGUUCUCUUUCUUCCUGGUUUUGGUGUUGGCUCUUUCCAUUAUGAGAAGCAACUGAGAGAUUUGGGGCGUGACACUAGAGUAUGGGCACUGGAUUUCCUAGGCCAGGGAUUGUCCUUGCCUUUUGAAGAUCCGGCUCCUCACUACAAUAAGGAAGGGGUUACAUCAGAUGGAAAUGCUUCUUCAUGGGGCUUCGGAGAUGAAACGGAACCAUGGGCCACUAAGCUUGUAUACUCUAUUGAUUUAUGGUAAGAUCAAGUUCGGUACUUCAUAGAAGAGGUCAUUGGUGAACCAGUCUACAUUGUGGGCAACUCAUUGGGAGGAUAUGUUGCAUUGUAUUCUGCGGCACGUAACCCUCAUUUAGUGAAAGGUGUCACACUGCUUAAUGCAACUCCUUUUUGGGGGUUUCUUCCUAAUCCAAUUAAGAGUCCUGGUCUAGCAAAAUUUUUUCCAUGGGCUGGAACAUUUCCACUACCUACUAAUGUAAAGAGACUAACAGAGUUGGUGUGGGAGAAAAUUAGUGAUCCUGCAAGUAUUGCUGAGGUACUUAAUCAGGUUUAUGCAGAGAAUUCAACAAAUGUAGAUAGUGUAUUUUCACGCAUAAUUGAAACCACAAGGCAUCCUGCAGCAGCAGCAGCAUUUGCUUCAAUUAUGUUUGCUCCCCGGGCCGAAUUAUCUUUCAGUGAAGCGUUAUCUGGAUGUCGAAAAAGCAAUGUGCCAAUUUGCCUAAUGUAUGGAAAAGAAGAUCCCUGGGUAAGGCCACUUUGGGGACACCAGGUUAAAAGGCAGGUGCCUGAAGCUUCAUAUUAUCAAAUUAGCCCUGCUGGUCACUGUCCUCAUGAUGAAGUCCCUGAGGUCAUAAAUUUCUUGCUACGUGGGUGGAUCAGAAAUCUAGAGUCUGAGGGUUCUAUCUCAUUGCCACUGCUUGAGGGCCUAGACAGUCUGAAACAAGCUAAUGCCAGGGAGUUAGAAUUUAUCAGAGAAGGUUCAACAAAAUCAGUGAUGGUCAGAUUUUACGAAUCCACAUUCUCCCUUUGGGACAGGAUAAGAUCUUACAUCAACCAUCGAUCUAAGUUGAGAAAUUCGGCAACCAAAUCUCAAUGAAAUGAUGAGCCUACGCUGUCAAAUUAUCCUCUCAGAUUCAGUUUGUAUCAAGGAAAUAAUGUUCAUUUAAAAUUAUUAUUUUUUGAUUGAUCCAUGUACAUUAAUUAUUAACUAUAUAGUAAGAAUCAGUUGCCAUUGUCGUAUGCUUGCAAA